UUUUCCACCUGUCAAGGAAGGUGACGUCCAUCGUCCCGGAGAGCUGCCUCCUCAUCCUGCUGGGGCUGGGCCUGGGGGGCAUCGUGUUGGCCGUGGCGAAGAAAGCCGAGUACCAGCUGGAGCCCAACAUGUUCUUCCUCUUCCUUCUGCCCCCCAUUGUCCUCGACUCGGGCUACUUCAUGCCCAGCCGGCUGUUCUUCGACAACAUCGGUGCCAUCCUCACCUACGCGGUGGUGGGCACGCUCUGGAACUCCUUCACCACCGGCGCUGCCCUCUGGGGGCUGCACCGAGCCGGCCUCAUGGAUCCAGGCGUCGAAGCUGGGCUGAUGGAUUUCCUGCUCUUCGGCAGCCUCAUCUCAGCCGUGGACCCUGUGGCGGUGCUGGCUGUCUUCGAAGAGGUCCAUGUAAAUGAGACCCUCUUCAUCAUCGUGUUCGGCGAGUCUCUCCUGAAUGAUGCUGUCACCGUGGUGCUGUACAAGGUCUUCAACUCUUUUGUGGAGCUGGGCCCAGCGCACAUCCACGCCACGGACUACUUGAAGGGGGUAGCCUCCUUCUUCGUGGUGAGCCUCGGGGGCGCGGCCGUGGGGCUGCUCUUUGCCUUCCUCCUGGCCCUGAUCACGCGUUUCACCAAGCGCGUGCGCAUCAUCGAGCCACUUUUUGUCUUCCUCCUGGCCUACGUGGCGUACCUUGCUGCCGAGAUGGUCUCGCUCUCCUCCAUCCUGGCAGUCACCUUCUGUGGGAUCUGCUGCAAGAAGUACGUGGAAGCCAACAUCUCCCAGAAAUCCCGCACCACGGUCAAGUACACCAUGAAGACACUGGCCAGCAGCUCAGAGACCAUCAUCUUCAUGUUUCUGGGCAUCUCGGCUGUGGACACCUCCAAGUGGGCAUGGGACACAGCACUGGUGCUGGGCACCUUGUUCUUUAUCCUGCUCUUCAGAGCUGUGGGCGUUGUCCUCCAGACCUGUGUGCUCAACCGCUUCCGCCUCAUCCCCCUGGACAGGAUCGACCAGGUGGUCAUGUCGUACGGUGGCCUCCGCGGAGCCGUGGCCUUCGCCCUGGUCAUCCUGCUGGACAGGGAAAAGGUGAAAGCCAAGGACUACUUCGUGGCAACGACCAUCGUGGUGGUGUUCUUCACUGUCAUUGUGCAGGGCCUCACCAUCAAACCCCUGGUGACGUGGCUGAAGGUGAAGCGCAGCGACCACCACAAGCCCACCCUGAACGAGGAGCUGCACGAGCACGCCUUUGACCACAUCCUAGCAGCAGUGGAGGACGUUGUGGGCCACCAUGGCUACCAUUACUGGCGGGGAA